AUGGCCAGUAGCUGGGAUGGCUUUAAAUGGGGCUUAGACAAAUCCGUGGAGGGCAGGACUAUCAAAUGGCUACUAGUCUGAGAUGGCUCUAGGCCACCUGCAGCUUUAGAGGCAAGAUGCCUCUCAGUCCCAGUUGCAACGGAGCAACAGCAGGAGAGGGGACAUGCCCUCAUCUCUUGCUGGUGUGACUUCCCAAAGUGGACCACUGUGUGUGAUACAGGCUGCUGGACUAGAAAGGCCUUGGGCCUGAUCCAGCAAGCUGAUCUAAUGUUCUUAACUAUAGUAAUUGCCAGUUCUUCCCCCAUUGACUGCUACUUUUAUUUCCUUCCUCUUUCUCUGUUAACUCCCCUAUGUUGAAUUUUGGACUGUAAUCACCUUGGGGCAGGGACCUUGCCUCUUGUACUCUGUAAAGUACCAUUCACAUGGAGAGCAUAAAUGAUGACAUUGAUAAAGUGCCCUGCAGUCACCUCGGAUCAAGCAGAUUCCUGAAACAAUAAGCGAAUCCAGCAAGCCUGUAGACCAGAAUCAGAAAUUAAGAGUUGUGUACACACCAAAGAUUAUGUGUGCAUAGAGAGAAGAUGUCGUCCAUGUUUGGGAAACCUCGGACCACGCCCGGUGCCACUGAGCGCCACCUGCACAGCCUGCUCCCAGAAUGCAAUGUGGCCAUCUUAGGAUGUCGAGGAUCUGGAAAAUCAGCUCUGACGGUGAAGUUUCUGACCAAGAGGUUCAUAAGCGAAUAUGAUCCCAACCUGGAGGACACUUACGCUUCGGAAGAGGUGGUGGACCAACAGCCGGUUCUGCUGAAAGUGAUGGAUACGGCGGAUCAGGACGUGCCAGCGAGUUGCGAGCGAUAUCUGAACUGGGCCAGCGCAUUCAUGGUGGUCUACAGCAUCGACAGCCGGAAGAGCUUUGAGGGCUGCCAGCAGUACCUGGAAAUCCUUGCGCACCACUCCAAGAACGCCCAGCACGGAUGGCCCGUCCUCUUGGUGGGGAACAAGCUGGACAUGGAGCAAUACAGGCAGGUCACCAAAGCCGAGGGAACGGCCCUGGCCACCAAGCACAGCUCCUUGUUCCACGAAGUCUCGGCCUGCCUGGAUUUUGAAUCCGUGCAGCACAUUUUCCACGAGGCCAUCCGGGUGGUCCGGCGGGAGACGGAGGGGCCCUCGGCGGUCCGCCCGCUGUUCAUCUUGGAGGACAAGCCCUCCCUGCACCUCCUCCCGCCCGCCGCCGUGGCCUCCAAGCACGGCCUGGCCAGCUGCACCUACAACACUCUUUCCACGGUGAACUACAAAGAAAUCCCUUCCGUGGCCCAAGCCAAGCUGGUGACGGUGAAGUCCUCGCGGGCUCAGAGCAAGCGCAAGGCUCCCACGCUGACCUUGCUGAAGGGCUUUAAGAUCUUUUAAGACGGAGCUGCUGCAGGCGGCUGGAGGAACACCAAGGAACGGGCCGCCUCCAGCAUCCCUCGCACUCCCAGCUCCAUGGUUAGCAGCCGUUCUAAAGACCAGUGGGCUGAACUGCAUUGCGGACCGCCUGGCUCCCGGUACUUUUGCAAAGCAUGCUGGGAGGAUGGGGUGACCACACAGGCCCGUGGACAAACAAUGGGUCCAACAGGCCGCUGAGUCCCCUCUCUGUGUUCUGUCGCCAGCUGACAAUUCCCCUCUCUUGCAGCAGGUUUGGGUUUCCAUGAUUGUGUCCCCAUGAAGUUAGCAACCCCUUGUUUUAGCAGUGGGGUCCAUGGCUGGCAUCCAGCCAGACAAAUCCUGGGAGGUCUGCAUGGCAGAGCUGCUCCCAGGCAUGACGACUCAAAGGCUGCGGCAGGUCCUGAGCCCAGACGGGGCCAAGGCAAAGACUGAGCACCUCCCCUAAAGAUGUCAAGGAGGCCACAGCUGGUCUUUAUGACCAUGCCCAUUCUGCAAAAACAUCCCAGUUGGGUCUGGGUUUUUUGGUUUGAACCCCUCUGAUUCUGCAGAAGGCCAUUCUGCUGAGCAUGCAAGACCAUGAGAGGAGGUGAGAGGAGAGCUGGUCCGGUGGUAGCAAGCAUGACUUGUCCCCUUAGCUAAGCAGGGUCCGCCCUGGUUGCAUCUGAAUGGGAGACUAGAAGUGUGAGCACUGUAAGAUAUUCCCCUUAGGGGGAUGGAGCCGCUCUGGGAAGAGCAGAACGUUCCAAGUUCCCUCCCUGGCAGCAUCUCCAAGAUAGGGCUGAGAGAGAUUCCUGCCUGCAACCUUGGAGAAGCCGCUGCCAGUCUGUGAAGACUAUACUGAGCUAGAUAGACCCAUGGUCUGACUCAGUAUAUGGCAGCUUCCUUUGUUCCUAUGUUCCACGUACUGCUACUCUCCUCACCUUCCACGGAGCAGCUGAGGCUGUCUUGGAUUUGGAUCAUUGGUCCAUCUCUCUGCUUUUGGCUGUUAGCUACUCUCUGGGACCUCAGAGGGGGCCUUUCCUAGCCUGACGUGACCUAAAAACCUUCUUAUCUGGAGGUGCCAGGGCUUGAACCCGGGACCUUCCUUGUGCUUCCCCUGAGUGCUGACCUUUCCCUGAAGGCCAGAGGCACCAUGAGAGAAUUCCUGGCUUGCAUACUUGGCCUUUUCUAGGUUAAGGGAGCUCAGUGUGCCCAAAGGAGACCUCAGCUCCUGGAAAGGAUGAUUUAAUGUGAUCCAACAUAAUUUGGUCCCUACAGGUAAACGGAGCCUUUGUGGAUGAAAUACUAAUUCAGGCACUGAAGUAGUCUUCCAGAUACCUGUCUUGAGUUUUUUUGCCAAGUGCCUGGCAAAUUUCCCUCUGUCUAUGCACAACUGGAGAAACCGUCAAGUAUUUCUAGGGCCCUAAAAAUCAGGGAUUGGAGGAGACCAAUAAGACAUUCAAUCUAGAGGGGAGAAUUCUUAAGACCAAUUCUCUCUCCCCCACCACCCCGAAUGCUGCACCCAAGACACUGGUAUUCUGCAAUUGUAAUAAAUUAUUUGCAUCCAUUUGCCUAACUUUGCCUAAUUUCUUUUUAAAAAUCAUUUGGACUUUUUUGCACUUUGGCAAGGAAUGGGGCAGCAGAUGGGGACAUGGGGAGAGCCAAUUUGCAUGCCAGUGUGCGUGGGCAUGACCACACAGUGCUUGUGGAUUAAACAAAAAAUGCUCCUUGCUUUGGGAGAGCCCAGGGACAGGAGGCUCAGAGCUCACCAGUGGAUUGAGAAGGCACACAGAGCCCUCUGGCGGAAGGCUGGCAGAUAGCGGCUGGCUUGCAUUUUCUGUCUGAUCUUUGCCCUUUUGUAGGACACUUCACACAGUCCCUUGAUGGGUGAAUGUAUAAUGCAUGGGGAGGCAGCAUUGUGGCAGAGUAGCCAGCUUUGCUUUAGGAGACAGCUGCUUUAUCUUUGUUGCUUUUUUUUUUUUAAGGAAAGCAGAGUUGGAAAGAUGCAGUGUACAGAUUUUAAAGAAGUAGAAUUUUUUUUAAAAGAAAGAACGAAAUAGGAUCACAAAAUAUCCAGGUAUUCUUUCAGAUGCAAAAGCUUGCAUUUAAAAAAAAAAAAAAGAAUGGAUAUUGCACAGUAUCCAUUCCUGCACAGUGAGGGCAUUGCAGAUUCAAACUGCCAAUCUUUAGAUCUGUCCCUGGGGUUCCCAAUUUCAUCCCAGCUGCGCUUCAGACCACACACCGCAGCCUCUGCAGCAAUGCACCAGUAUGCACUGGGCCCCUGACUUACGUGGUGACAGAACUGCCUGUGACACAGAUGGGGCUUAAUAAGAGAGAGUUCUCAGAAUGCUCCCCAGAAUUCAGUUCCCACGAUCCCUGCUGGGAGAGGAGGAAAUGAUUGAAACUGAACGGGUAUAAAACCAAUCAAAGUCGACCUGGGAGAAUGCUACCGAGAACAAUCAGUGGCAAAUACUGUAUUUUCAUGGAAUAAUGAAAUACUCACCAUCCGGACUUCAUCGUCUUGUUUUGUUUUUCCUCUUUCUUUUGCCACUGUUUCUGAGGGUCAAGCAAAAUGUUUGGGGAAACCAUGGUUUUUUUCCGAGAAAGAGGUGAAGCUGGUGGGUCUGCUUCAGUCUACACGUCUUGUUGAGAAAUGACCUUUCGAGAGACGGUACUGUAAUGUGGCUCAGCUGUUGUGGAAAAUAUUUUAAUAAAGGGAACUUUGGGAAAGCCAA